AUGCAAGAGGUAAACGAACGUCGACAGCGUCGUCGGAGCGACGACGCGAUCGAGGACGGUCAAGAUGUGACGGAAACCGUUUCAAUGUUGUCACAUGCGACGCUACGACAGCGCUCGAUGCCUGAGAGUUGGGUGCGCUUUGCGAUGGACAAACUCUGGUCGCUCAUGUUCUUGACUGUGGCGUCGCUCGGGCUGUACGAAGCGCAGUUUGUGUCGGCAAUUGUGCACGCGCAAAUCGCACUUUUGUGCACCUGGGCGUUUUGUUCGGGACGCUUUUGGUCGUUUUUGGCGGGUAUAUUGAAGUGUAUCGAAGCGUGUUUUUAG